UUGAAUGCGGCAUGGCGUGGCUACAUUGAGCAAACAGCGAUCGAAUGGAAAUAUGGUCACAGCAAUGGCAAAUCCCAGCUCUAUAAUGUGUGCUCAGUUGAGUGGAUCGGCGGUGGUGCAGGUGCUCGUGCUGGCGGUGGUGCUAGUGAUGCUAUCGGCUCCACCGGCCAGUGAAAGUGCCAAGCUCCCGGACCGCCAAUAUCCCGCUGGAGUGGAUUUCUUCGAGCACGAGUUCACCAGUUUGGCGGCAGACGAAUACGACCCCUUUGGCCCCGAUAUUGGCGAUGAUGACUUGGGAAUCGACGAUCCGGAGACAAUGCCUCGCCUGUUUCAAGGAGACAUUGCCAUCGAUCCGUACACCUAUAUCACUCUUCGUCUGGGGGUAAAUCCAAUGAGACAUCCAAAACGACUCUGGCCGAAUGGAACGAUUCCCUUCGAGAUCAGUCCACGCUACGCCAAUCCGGAAAGGGAGGCUAUAAUUCAGGCCGUGAAAACCUUCAAUUCCCUAACUUGCGUGCGGUUUGUGCCCUACGAUGGAGAGGUGGAUGACUACCUCUUGAUCGAGCCACCUGUGGAAGGGCCCCAAGGAUGCUGGUCCUAUGUGGGAAGAAGGGGGGGAGAGCAGGUGGUGUCCCUCCAAAGACCCGAUGACAACAGUGCCCACUGUUUCAGCAGCGAGGGAAGAAUAAUGCACGAACUGAUGCAUGCCAUAGGCAUAUAUCACGAACAAUCCCGAGCCGAUCGCGACAACUUUGUGAAGAUCCACUGGGACAAUAUCGUCCCUCGAUUCAGAAAGAACUUCAAACUGGUCUCGAAGAAAAAGGGGAAGUACGCCUUCGAUUACGACUACAAUUCAGUGAUGCACUACGGGGAGUUUUACUUCAGCAAGCGGAAGGGCGAGAAACCCACCAUGACCCCUUUGCAGCCAGGAGUUAGGAUCGGACAGCGAAAGACCAUUAGCAAGAUCGACUGCCUCAAGAUCAACGAGUUGUACGGAUGUCUGCAAGGUCGGAGGGCCAAAAUGUACCGCAGCUUCUGCCAUCUACUUGGUCUGUAAAUGCAUUCUGAUCCAGAGAUUUUAUAAAUCACAUUGAUUUGUUAUUUAAUAAAUUAAUUCGUAGACUUUAAUAAACUGUCUCCAGUGUUGUGUGAAACGGAAGAGGAAAAACAUACAUAAAAGUGGAACUAGUAAAAAAAUUAUAAAAAUCAAUUCUUGGAAAUUAGACCCGAAUACUUUAAAUCUUCACAAUAAUAGGGAAAAUGCAUUAAGGGCCGGCUUCUCGUCUUCAUACCACAUAUAAAGAUCAAACAUUUCAAAACAUUCAAGCUGAACAUCUGCUUUAAAUUUAAAUUAUAAAUUUGAGGGUAUAUUUACUUUGUUAAAACCUAUGUUGCACGUAGUAGAAAGCGUAUUCGAUUAUAAAAAGUAUAUACAUAUGUAUAUUCUUGAUCAGGAUAACUAGUCGUUGAGAUUUCGGAAACUAAAAGAGUCAAAGAUUCAGUAUUUCACGCCCAUUCUAACAUUCCCAAAUCGCAAAAUUCUGUCAUGUCACUCUGAAUUAUUGUAGA